AUGGACCUGGAAUAUCGGAACUUGCUGGCACCGAAUGGGCCACCUCUCUUCCCCAGCGACUUUCGGUCCCCUCGACUUCCCCGGCCUGCCCCGGGCGAGUUCUUGCAGCGCAGUCCCGAAUCUGGCGAGAUGGAGAAGACCCCGCCUGUCACGGGCAAGCGCCGAGGUGGCAGCCGCAAGGCCUGCAAUGAGUGCAAGCAACAGAAGCUACGAUGUGAUAUAGUACAGACUCCGGCUGCAGCUUGCUCACGCUGCCGUCGCCUUGGCAUCGAUUGUAAAGUGGAACAAUCAUUCAAACGUAUCUCCAAGCGCCGACGCAAUGCAGAAAUGGAAAAGGAGAUCGCUGAUCUCCGACGCAAGCUGGCAACCAAUCCAUCGGACCAGGAGGUGCCUGCUGAUGGCCAUGUCGGCGACGACCUGUCCGAAGGCUCAGAGGAGGUUUUUGCUCGCCGUGACUCGGCUGCUGUCGAUCGCCCCAGGCCUGUAUCUGUACCGGCAGAGCCGCAUGCCUCAAUGGCAACCCCGUUGACUAUGCAAAGGGACGGGUCGAUUCUGUCGCAGGAUGAAAACACCCCAUGGCGGCUCGAGGAUAUUUCUCUCUCUCGUGCUCGGGUUUCAAGACUCUACGAACAGUACUUCAACUACUACCACCCUUUUCUGCCACUACUGAACCCUCCCAAGCCGUCUGAAGUUUAUCUUAAUCGAUGUCCUCUAUUAGCAUGGACCAUCAUCUGUGUGGCUAGCCGCAGAUCUCCGACCGAACCCGGACUGCUCACUGCAUUGUCGGGUCCCUUCAGUAGACUUCUCUGGUCAACGAUCACCAGUGUUCCGCAAGACUACCGUGUCGUGAAAGCGUUGUGUGUGUUAUGCACAUGGCCUCUUCCGACUACGAGUCAACGCACGGAUGCAACUUUCAUGCUGAGCGGUCUGAUGAUGCAGAUUGCCAUGCAAUUAGGUUUGCACCGGCCAGUUCAAGCUGAAGAGUUUACCACAUUCAGAAUGGAGGUUCAAGGAGAGGCGUUGAAGGAUCGCCUUCAUACUUGGGUGAUUUGCAACAUAGUUGCUCAAAAUGUUGCCACCGGAUACGGCCAGCCCCCAAGCACCAUCUACGACUGGGCUCUUGAGCCUGCAUCUCUCAAAGACGCCGACUACCGUCUCCCCAACGACCUGACCAUUCGCCUCCGCAUCGAGAAAUUCUGCGACCGAGUUACCAAGGCACUUUAUAGCAGCAAGCCUGAACCCGGAGAGUUCGUCAGUGCCGAGAAGCUUGUCAUUGUUCAGAUUCUUGAAAGCGAAUUGCGAGAAAUGGAAGUGGAGUUUGGCCGUGAUAUUUCCGCAAUUAACAUGAUCCAUCUGCGAGCAGCAGAAUUACAUUUCCGAUACUUUGUGUUCCUGGGAGCCAGUCCUCGCAGCGAUGACCUGACAAAACUCUUUAUCGCGACAACUUCCUUCUUGGGAAGGGUCCUCGACCUCGAAACAUCACCGGGCGAAUUGAUUGGUCAUUCUACAAACUACAUCCUGCAGAUGAUCGUAUCUGCAGCAUUCGCACUAAUGAAACUUCUCAAGAGCAACUUCAACCGGCACAUCGAUUUCAACCACGGGAAACUAUUGUUUAAUGGUGCCAUCUCGGCCAUUCGCAGAAUCAGUGUGAUGGACCACGAUCGUCCGAUCCGCCUUGCUGACAUUCUGGCCCAAAUGUGGAAUGCUAGUGGCCCGGAACCCGUUGAGGAGGACAUUCUUCAACUGAAGGUUCGUUGUCGCAUGAGUAUGAGUCACGUUUAUGAUACUGUAUGGCGCUGGCGCCAGCGGUUCCGACCCAUGAAAAGUAUCGAAGAAAUGCAAGCCGCGGCAGCAAUAGCCAAUCAAGAUAUAUCAUCGGCAGCAGGCUCUUCAGCGCGACCGCAGGACCAGUCUAUGGAUGACCCGUCGCUUAUGCUUCCUGCCCAAUUCGACGAGAGCGCUGCCUUCUUCAGCGAAGCUGGAUUUUCGGAAGUUUUCGAUAGUCUGAAUUGGGUCUUCGACGGAAUUCCUGAUUCCUUUGUCGCACCACCGGUCCUAUAA